GGCUGCUUUCCGGAAGAACUCGGAAGUUUCACUUGUUGGACUUGAGGGAAACUUCGGCGUUGUCUUCUGGCGACUUCGAGGUGAUUCACGACUUUUGCGGAUUAAAUGGCCGACAGAAAGCUGUAAAAGCGGGAGGCCGGAGGAUGUCUGCCGAGGUGGACGUGCUGCUGCAGGAGGCCAAAGAAAGCAUCGAGGCGGCCCAGAACUACCGCAGCGAGCUCCAGCAGCGCCUGAAUGGCCUCAACCAGGCCCGCAAGCAGGUGCGCGGCAGCUCGGGUCAGGCCCGCGAGGCCCUGCAGCGCCACUUCUCCGAGCUGCAGGCGGCGGCGACCCGUCUGCUGUCGGAGCGGCUGAGCGCCCUGCUGGCCGAGGUGGACGCCAUCGAGGCGGACAGCGUGAGGCCGCUGGACGAGUGCCAGAGCCUGAUCGAGCACGGCGUGGGGCAGGCCGACGAGCUGCUGAGGGAAGGGGAGGCUGCGCUGCGCUGCGGCCUCGGGGAGAAGGAGGACAAACUGGGCAGUUUCACCAAGAAGGCCGUGCACAUCCAGCUGGACAGCCUGCCGGAGGUGCCGGCGCUGGUGGACGUGCCGUGUGUCUCCGCCCAGCUGGACGACUCCCUGCUGAGUGUCCUGAGGGACCGAGUGUCCCGCCUGGGCUCCGUGGCGUCCCACCCGCCGGUCCAGAUCGAGGAGCUGCAGGAGAGGCCGGGCAGCAUCCUGGUCCGCUGGUGCAAGGUGGACGAGGACUUUGCGGCGGCGGACUACCGGCUGCAGCACCGGCGCUCCGCCGGGGGGCGGAGCCAGUACGAGGACGCCUACAUCGGUCGGGACUGCGAGUUCUUGGUCCUCCACCUGGACCCGCACACCGACUACCUGUUCAGGGUCAGCGCCCGCGGGGAGGGCCGCACCGAGUGGAGCCCCUGGAGCGUCCCGCAGACCGGCUACACCACGCUGGCCCCGCAUGAGUGGUGUCCCGGGUCAGAGGGAUACAUCCUGAGCAGCAGGAGGAACAUUGCCCUGCGCAGUGACUCCUCCCACACGCGCUGCCCCGUCCUCUAUUCCAACGCACCCACCUACUUCUGUGGCCAGACGCUGACCUUCAAGCUGUCAGCAGCGGGUCAGAUGGACGCGAGGGACAGUCUCGGCGUGUGUGUGGACAGCAGAGGAGGGACAGAGUCCCUUCAGAGAGACCAGGCCGUCUGCAUCUCCACCAACGGAGCCGUGUUUGUCAACGGGAAGGAGAUGACCAACCAGCUGCCGGCCGUGGCGCUGGGCUCCGCCGUGACCUUUGACAUGGAGGUGGUCAACCUCUUCCCCGUCGGCAGCGGCGACCCCGCGGAGGGGGGCCACUUCAAGCUGAGGGUCACCAUCGGCUCGGGCAGCCGGGAGGUGGUGUUCGACUGGCUGGUGGAGCAGACGGUGGACUGCCUCUUCUUCGGCUGCUCCUUCGUCCACUCCGGCUGGAAAGUUCUGGUGUUUUAACGACUUUCUUUUUUCUUUUAAUCUGCUGCAGUUUGUUUCUCUUCCGUUGUUUGUUGGGUUUGGAUUUUCCUCCGAGAAGCUUUUGGCCACAAGCUUCUCCUCGCAGCAUUUGUCCGUUUAUUCGCUGGUCUUUUUCCGCUCAUCACGGGGAGGUUUGGGGAUUAAAACCGUUAAUUAAUUUACAAGGAAACAAACAUGGAGAUUCUUUGUUUUCUGUGUUCUUUUAUGGACAAACGUAAAACUAAUAUAGUUCAUAUAUUUAUCAUUUUUCCCCAUAUUUGAAACAGCGUUUGUCUGUUGUUUGUAGAGUGAGUUUUUCUCUGAUUUUAAUGGUUUAAUAAUCUCGUCAGACACGUUUUUACCGUUUCUACUUGUUAUCCUUCUGCCUCCUGGUCUUCUACUUGGACCCUCGUCUUCCAGGUCGGCUUUUGUUUACAGCUGCGGCGUUUUUAAAAUAAAUUCUUUCCUUCGCUCAGUCAGUGAAAAACACGCAACUCACAUUUUCAUCUUUUAGUUCGACUCCAUCUGCUAAACCUGCUGCUCUUUUUUUUUUACAUCCUCGUCACUGUGAAAGUGGAACAUCGCCUCCUCGUGUCUUAUGUUUUCUAACCUCGUUCAGCCAAGGCUUUAAAGGGACAGUUCACCACAAAACACAAAGCACUCUGGGUAAUUGGGGGGGAGGAGUUCUGUGAGGUGAUGGGGUUCAUAGAGGCCGUACGUGUUCUUCUCCAGUAGGAUUACUGCAGUCAUGGAGUACCAGAACACGAUGAAGAUCAGUUAAAGUGAAUAUUUUCCCUUCUGUCUAUUCAACUGUCAAUUCGACAAAACCGGUCAUUUUAACACAGGCGUCGUUGUGCUGGAGAAUUUGACACCAUGAACACGCAGGCAACAGGAAGUGAUGCCACACAGGAAACCGCUGUAGUAGACGCCAUGAAGACGUCCUCCUGAACCCCCAGAACGAUCCCUUUAAACCCCACAGAGACGCAGAGAAGCUGAUGUUGUUUCAGAUUUCAGGAAAAGGCAAAAAGAUUCUCAUAAAAAAGCAGUUUUACAGAGAUUCUCUCCACAGACACAAAGACGCCAGUUGAGAGUUUGUCUGUCAUAGUUUAAUUAUCAGGAAGAAAUGCAUUUAAAAACUUCAAAUUAACUCCAAACUUUGGAAUCGAAGUUAAGCUUUAAAUUAUGGGACUUAAAUCAAAUCUAUUUAAAUCUGCACUUUGCUUGACUUGUUUACGUCUAAUGACUCAAAUCUUUCAUCCGGUGCAAACAUUUAGUUCAAGAAAGUUUACGCUAAACUUUAUCCACACUGAGGAUGUGACGUCACUGAAGAGCAACACACCUUUAUUCAAAGGAUUUAUUCUAAGUUUAGAAUAAUAUGGGGAAACUAUUCAUUUAUACGUUUGUCUUGUUGUUUUUUUACAUUUUAAGACCUUUUAAGUGGAUUUAAAUCUUAAACUAAAAGGACCUCACUGCCUCUCUCUCUUUUACGAAGAGUUUUACGUUUUGUAAGAUGUGAAUUUCAGUUUUUUGAUGGACUGUCUCCUUUCAAAUAUUCCAGCUGUUACGUUGAAUCAUUUGUGCGUUUGACAAUCAUCACCAGUAUUUACAUAAAGAAUCUGAGGAUCAAAGGAUCAUUCAGACUCAUCGUGAGAAGGUUCAGAAGCUUCAGGUCAGAAGAGGAGUCUCGCUUCUUCUUCUUCUGUGUCUAUGGUCGGUCAUUCCUCCUUCAUUAUGUGGUAAAAUGUUACAAAUAGGAGUUCAAAUGUGUGAUUGUGUCAGUGAAAUGCUGAAUAUUAACAACUGUGUAAAGUGCAGACUGCUGCCGGUGACGUCCUGGAUGUUCUGUUAGAUAAAGGUCACAUGAUGGAAUCUGAAUGACAUAGUGAGGCGCAUGUGACCGACGAGACAGGAAGUGUUCACAUGCAGAUCUCACCUGAAAUUAUUUUAGGGAUUUUUCGCCUUUUAAUUUAGAGACGCAUGUUGGGGUGAAUGUCUGUAUUUAUUCCUCUGUAUGUGAACUGAGGGGUGGAAGAAGUACUCGAAUACUUUAGUUAAAGUACUAGUACUACAGUGUAAAAACACUCCUGCUUUCAAAAGCUCACUCAAAUAAAAGUAUUAUCACAAUUUA